UGGACUGUCUUUGGACCUGCAUCAUACCCGGAAUUUAGGAAAAGAGUUGUUAAUCUUACUAGUAAAGUACAGACAUUGGAAAACCAAAUACGUAAGCUUUGUGAUGUGGAAUUUGCAGAUGUCUAUUCAGGUGAUAAAUCAGUAUCGGUAGAAGACAAGGCGGCCAUAGAGAUUGUGGAAAGAAGCACGCGCUUCGACAAUGGGCAUUUUGUAGUUCCUAUACCAUGGAAAAAGAAUCCAAACAUGAAAGUGGGGAAUUAUGAAGUAGCAAACAGUAGAUUACAGAGUUUGAAGCGAAGAUUGUUGAGGGAUGACAGUCUGCACAUCAAGUAUACGAAAAGUAUUGAAAGUAAUUCUGUUAAGGGCUAUGCGGAGAAGGUCCCUGAAAUACACUUGCAGCCUAAUUACCACCCCCGAUGGUAUUUGCCUCAUCAUGCCGUGUUAAAUCCGAAAAAGCCAGAAAAACUUAGAAUGGUCCUCGAUUGUGCCGCCAAGUUUUCAGGCGUUUCCCUAAAUGAUAUGAUUUGUCAAGGACCCGACACCACCGCUGAGCUAGUGUGUAUAUUAUUGAGUUUUCGCAAAGAGGCAGUUACAAUCUCUGCAGAUGUUGAGGAAAUGUUCAUGCAGGUGAAGGUCCCUGAGUCUGAUCGAGGAGCUUUAAGAUUUCUGUGGUGGCAGAAGGGAGACAUGUCGAGGGAGCCAUCUGAAUUUCAAAUGACCUCUCAUCCAUUUGGUGCCACGUCAUCUUCGAUUUGUGCGAACUUUGCCAUGAUUAAGACAGCUCAAACAUUCUCUGAUAGUUAUGAUCGGUAUGUCGUAGAUGCUGUCAAGAACAAUUUCUAUGUUGAUUGCUUGAUAUCAUUUUCUACUUGCGAUCAGGCGAAGGAGUUUGUUAAGCAGAUAACUGAAUUAUUACGUAAAGGAGGUUUUAAAUUAAAGAAAUGGGUCACCAACUCGGAAGAAGUGUAUGGAGAAUUAUUUAGUGAAUUUAAAACCCACAGUAAAGUAGUUAGUCAUAAUGAUCUGAAAGAAUUGUCACCUAUAAUACUGGACGGGUUAAUCUGUGUUGGAGGUCGCUUAAGCUACUCAGAUUUCUCCGAUGCUUUUAAACAUCCAAUAAUUUUACCCAGUCGACACUUGGUGACGGAAAUGAUAAUUAGACAUUAUCAUAAAGAACAAGGGUACACAGGAACGUCUCAAGUACUGGCCACAAUUCGAAAAAGCUAUUGGAUAGUAAAAGGAACUAGCAUAGUUAGAAGAGUGAUAGGAAAGUGUAUGACAUGCCGACGGUUUACGAUGAAUUUAGGACAACAAUUGAGGGCACCGCUUCCAGUUUGCAGAGUGCAGCAAGGCUGGUAUAGUUUCUCAAAUGUAGGGGUAGACUACUUCGGACCUUUCUUAGUCAAAAGAGGAAGGUCAUUAGAAAAAAGAUAUGGAUGUGUAUUUACUCGUUUGCAAACCAAAGCAGUACAUAUUGAAGUGACGUAUAGUUUGAAUACUGAUUCCUUUAUAAUGGCCUUAGUACGUUUUAUUGGAAGAAGAGGGAAACCUGCAGAAAUUUACAGUGACAAUGGGUCAAAUUUCGUGGGUGCAGUCACUGAACUAAGGGAAUUUGUGAAACAGUUUAAUCAGCAGAAGAUAAGUAACGAGCCGUCAGCGAGGCAGAUUCAAUGGCAUUUUAACCCGCCCUCAUCCAGCCACAGGGGUGGAGUAUGGGAAAGGAUGAUUAGGUCUAUACGCCGACUGUUAUUGUUGAUCAUCAGAGAACAGACUUUAACUGAUGAGGCUUUAGGCACUUAUUUGGUCGAAGUAGAAAGAAUACUGAACGAUCGACCCUUAACUCCAGUUAUCCAAGAUGCUAACGAUAAGCUAGCCUUAUCGCCAAACACUUUGCUGUUAUUGAGAGAAUGUGACGGAAUAGUAGAUGAAGGUAGCGUUCGAGACAAAUAUGACAAACGUUCGAAACAGGUCAAUUAUCUAGCUAAUGUGUUUUGGAAAAGGUGGUUAAGAGAGUAUUUACCGUCCUUACAAAAACGUCAAAAAUGGUUUACUGAACAUCACAAUUUUCAAAAGGGAGAUGUAGUAAUCGUGACCUCGGAUAUUUCGACCCGUGGAAAUUGGCCCUUGGGAGUAGUUGAAGGUUGUGAAAUAGAUAACGACGAAAAGGUUAGGACGGUUACUGUUCGUACGAAUAAUGGAUUAGUUAGAAGAGAUAUACGUAAGGUAUGUCUUCUUGAAGGUUCGAAUUAGUUCUUUGCUAUUAUCAAGGUAGGUAGGUCGAGUAGGCGUACUGUUGUAAGUCCUGCUCGUUCCUGUGUAGUAGAAUAUGUUGUGGUAUGAACCAUGACCAUAGGCAUCAAGGUGGCUUGUGUUGUAUGGAGGAAUUUUGUGGGCCGGUGUAAGAUCCAUUUUGAAUUAUUUGUGUGUGAAAAUCCCUCCAUGUAUACACUUGCAGUUUAUUCUUAUUGAUACCUUUGGUUGUACAUUUUUAUUAGUCUUUUUCAUUCCAUUUGAGUUAAUAGCAUUUGUAUUUUAUUAUAGUUUUUAUUUUUCUUACGCCUUCACUAAGUUUCCGUUUCUUUCUGAACUGCAUUUAUGUUGUUUGACUUGAUACCUAUUCUUGGCGGCAGCUAUAUUGAGUUGUUCCUCCCUUUGAUCGUGUUGCGUGCAUUGACUGGAAUUGUGCAUUUUUGAUUGUGAGUUGAAGCACUCUUCCAGAAUUGAAAACACUUGGUGUUGUAAAGCAACCAAACAUUAUCUUUUGAACGAAUCUGUGUGUGAUCUAUCCAGACAGGAUAGAAUAACAUUUAAUUGUUGCGAUUGGUAAUUUUCUAGCAUCCUUUUUUAACUUUCUUAUUUAUUGUAAUUUAGAUUUGAUUAAUUGAACUACUGUUGGUUGGAUAGCUGGGUGGUUAUAUUUGUUUAGGUAACGAUGUACAUUUAAAUUUAUGAUGAAUUAUAGAACCGUCAUUUCACCCG